AUGGAGAACAUGAUGCAGGGCAAUAAGAUCAGACGAGUUGCAGCUACUCGCAUGAAUGAGAGGUCAUCUCGAUCACACACGAUUUUCCGGAUUAUUCUGGAGUCGAAAGAUGCCAAUCAGAAAGAUGGACCUGUACAUAUAAGCUACCUUAACUUAAUGGACUUAGCUGGUUCUGAGAGAGUUUCUCUGACGAAAGCUGCUGGUGAGCGUCUUAAAGAGGGGGCUAACAUAAACAAAUCUUUGUCAGUAUUAGGAAAUGUGAUAAGGCAACUAAGCGAGGGGAAGGAGUUUAUCAGUUAUCGCGAUUCGAAAUUGACUAGACUGCUCUCACAGGCUCUUGGCGGUAAUGCCAAAUCAUUGAUUAUCGGAAAUGUUACUUUAGCUGCAGAGGAGACUAGAUCUACACCAGAAUUCGCCCAAAGCACUAAAACUGAUGUCAAAAAUAAACCGAAAGUAAACAUCUUGUCAGCUACAGAAGAGCACUUCAAGGAUAUCAGAACUUGA